UUUUCAAUAGACGUUCAAUAAAACCUAAAAUCUAAAAGUUCCAUUCAUUUUCACAUUCACAAACCGAAAACACUCACUGAGCGGAAUCUCCAAUGGCGGAAAACCCUCCCGAAACGGCGUCGUCGAGCUCACAACCUUCUUCUUCGUCUCAGAAAUCGCCCCAAGAAGAUUCACCUCAGGUCCCGGCAUUUUCCAAUUUUCCGCCGUUCCCAGGUGGAUAUUAUCAAAUGUUUCCUGGUAUGUACCCUGCGCUAGUUCCAGUGCCACAAAACGAUGAACAUGCGAACCGUGGAGCUGGUAUAUAUGCUGUUCCUGUUCACCACUUUGAUAGACACGUUACUGGCCUAUCAUACAACACUCUGAUUCCGUUGACUUACCGCACACCCACCAAUAGGCCAAGUUCUGAAGCUGCUGCUGCCAGUGAAAAUCAGGGGCAAGCAGCACAACAACAGCAACCUCAGCAGCCUGGACCUCAAAGACAAGUUGUCGUUAGGAGAUUUCAAAUUGCAUUUCAAAUUGAUUUGUUGCUUAUGUUGAAGCUGGCAGCUGUGAUCUUUUUGUUUAACCAAGAUGGAUCAAGGCAGAGGCUUAUUGUACUUGUGUUUUUUGCUGCUCUUGUAUAUUUGUACCAAACUGGAGCUUUAACGCCAAUUAUAAGAUGGCUUUCACAAGGGAUGCAGAGAGCAGCAGCACCUCCUCAUCCACCAAGACCUGCAGCCAGGGCUGAGAAUGUUCCUGCUGCCAGGCCAGAGGGUGACAAUGCUGCUCCGGCAGGUCAACCUGAAGUCGAUGGGAACCAACCUGCUAAUGAUGCAGACCGAGAAGUAGAGAAUGAAAACGUUGCAGAACCUGGCAGAGGCAAUGGGGGAAACCAGUGGUGGGGCAUUGUGAAGGAGAUCCAGAUGAUUGUCUUUGGAUUUAUCACUUCACUUCUCCCUGGGUUCCACAACCAUAUGGAUUGAACUAUAUUUUGUAGCUUACCAGGUUGUGGAAUUGACAUUAUAGCCUAUAUGAGCACGCCAGAGACAUAGGAAAGGGUUUUCUGAAAUAAACUGUAUAGAUCAGAAGUUCCGAGCAUCAUAACUGAUACAUACAUAGGUGCAGCUAUUAUCCAGCGGAAGACUAAAGUAUGGUGCAAGUAUAGGAUGCCAUUUUUGUAUCUACUUGGAAUGUUGAUAAAACGGUUUUUGUGGCUUCCAGUGCGGAGGGCUAUAGGAGCACCUUCAAGGGCUUUAGCUUUUUUCUUUUCAGUGUCCAUUUAUUAUUUCAAGUGUUACAUGACUUGUUUCUUUUCAAACUUACAUCUUUCAAAGUGACUAAUGCUU